AUGGCUUCUCAUCCGCAGCAACCACCAGAGCAAGCGCAAGCACCAAAUUCUGCCCCCAACUUAGUUAGUCAAUUACUAAGACGACGACAAUUCUUUGAACAAGAAAACUCUCAAGUAAAAUAUUUAGAUGACACUUCGAUUUCUUCAGAUUCCACCGUAUACUUGAGAUUAUGCGAAGAUAUGGAAUAUGUUGUCAAUGGUGUUUGUACCAAGAUUAUGAUUGAGGAGUGUAAGGAUUUAAAAUUAACCGUGAAUGAGAAAAUCAUUACGUCUAUUAUUGAAAUCUGGAAAUCCGAUGGGAUAAAUAUUAAGCUAAAUUCUCAAGUUCAAACCGUACAAAUUGAUCAAUGUAAAAAUAUCAAUUUAGAAUAUGAUAAACCAAGUAAAUUUCAUUCAAUAGUUUGGACAAAUACUUCCCAUUUAUCCAUGAAAAUUUAUGAAGAUGGUCAAGAGAAACAUUCUUUAAAUGCUGGAGAUGAAAUUUUGGUAGAUUCUUCAGAUGAUAAACUUUAUCCGAGUCAAUAUAUCGUUAGAUUAAUCGAUAAUCAAUUGGUUACUGAAGAUUUGGUUCGUGCUGAAAAAGGUUUUCCGACUACUCAAAGGGAAUGGGAUGAGUGGAAGGCCAAAAUUGAGAUUAACAGCGAAAGAAGUAGCAAUAUAGAAAAGAUACUCAAAGAUCUAGCAAAAGGGAAUGCGAAUGACGAUAUUAAUGGAUAG